AUGAUUGGAGGUAUAUUCAUAUACAAUCAUAAAGGAGAAGUUCUCAUUUCAAGAAUCUAUCGUGAUGAUAUAACACGUAACUACAUUGAUGCUUUUCGUGUUAAUGUUAUUCAUGCUCGUCAACAGGUUCGAUCACCGAUUGCAAUUAUUGCAAGAGCAACAUUCUUUCACAUAAAACGAGGAAAUAUAUGGAUAUGUGCUGCAUCAAAGCAAAACAUCAGUGCUGGUCUUGUUUUUGAGUUUCUUCAACGCUUCUCAGACACAAUGCAUUCGUACUUUGGAAAGUUGAAUGAAGAGAAUGUACGAAAUAACUUUGUAUUGAUCUAUGAACUGUUGGACGAAAUAAUUGAUUUUGGAUAUCCACAGAAUACGGAUCCAGGAGUACUCAAAGCAUUCAUUACUCAACAAGGAGUACGAACUUCGGAAAGUGUCGUCAUUGGGACGAAAGAAGAGCAAUCUCAAAUAACUUCUCAAGUUACGGGACAGAUAGGCUGGCGACGUGAAGGAAUUAAAUAUCGUCGUAAUGAGUUAUUCCUUGACGUUAUUGAAUACGUCAAUUUGUUAAUGAAUCAGCAAGGACAAGUUCUAUCUGCUCAUGUAGCUGGUAAAGUUGCUAUGAAAUCAUAUUUGAGCGGUAUGCCAGAAUGCAAAUUUGGUAUAAACGAUAAAAUAACAAUUGAUGGAAAAGGCAAAUCAUCACAUGAUGAUUCUAAUAAAUCACAAGUUGUCAGAUCUUCAGUUGCUAUUGAUGAUUGUCAAUUUCAUCAAUGUGUUAAAUUAACUAAAUUUGACACGGAACAUGCCAUUUCCUUCAUUCCACCGGAUGGAGAAUAUGAACUGAUGAGAUAUCGAACCACAAAAGACAUUCAACUGCCAUUCCGAGUCAUUCCACUCGUACGCGAAGUUUCUCGUAACAAAAUUGAAGUGAAAGUUGUGGUUAAAUCUAAUUUCAAGCCAUCACUUCUGGCUCAAAAAAUAGAAGUGAGAAUUCCAACACCCCCCAACACUUCGGGAGUUCAGCUUAUUUGCUUGAAAGGAAAAGCUAAGUAUAAGGCUGGAGAAAAUGCAAUCGUAUGGAAAAUCAAACGAAUGGGAGGAAUGAAGGAAAGUCAAAUAUCCGCUGAAAUUGACCUUUUGGCAACAGGAGCAGAACGGAAGAAAUGGAAUCGCCCUCCUGUCAGCAUGAACUUCGAGGUGCCAUUUGCUCCAUCUGGACUUAAAGUACGUUACUUGAAAGUGUUUGAACCAAAGCUGAACUAUUCUGAUCAUGACGUGAUCAAGUGGGUUCGCUACAUUGGUCGUAGUGGACUAUAUGAGACUCGUUGUUGA